GUUGUCCGGUGACACCAUUCUGUUUAACUCGAAUUGAAAAGAAUAUUGGUUGUUUUACCGUGUCGUUCUAUCGGCUCUCCGACGAGACCUUGCGUUGGAUAGUUCUGCAACGAGGAAUAGAGGAGGGAACUACUUGACGCUGGGGGGCGCUGAUGAACGUACUUCCGGGCAUUGGGCGCACGAACAAAUUCUGACGGAGUGAAAACGAGGGUUAAAUCGCUUCUCAGGAGAAGGAUAUGUCGGACCGCGAGAGUGGAGAUGACCAGCCUCAGGGUCAAAGUAAAUACAGUCAGGGAGGCAUGGACGUCGGCACCUCCGAUUUUGAUUCCGGUAAGUGGUCCGGGGAAACGACGCCCCAGAGCUCGCCGUCGUUAGGACCGGCCACACCAGCAAAGCCAGCAAGACCAGCGGCGGGCCAAAACCAACAGGGCGAGCAGGAGCUGGCCACAAAAAUGCUUCAAAUUCAGUCCAAAAGAUUCUAUUUAGAUGUCAAACAGAAUAGGAGAGGGCGAUUUAUCAAAGUAGCAGAAAUUGGUGCUGAUGGUAGACGGAGCCAGAUAUUCUUGGCACUAUCCACAGCAGCAGAUUUUAGAGACCAUCUCUCUUCAUUUAGUGAUUUUUAUGCAUCUCUUGGUCCGCCAAAUCCAGAAUCAAUGCCAGAAGAUGGAAAACUUAAAUCAGAAAUGAUGAUCAAAGAAAAUCGCCGCUACUAUCUGGACCUGAAAGAAAAUUCGCGCGGGCGCUUUCUUAGGUGUGCACAGGUAUCUCAGACCAUCACGCGGGGAGGCCCGCGUUCACAGAUCGCCAUCCCAGCUCAGGGUAUGAUAGAAUUCAGGGACGCUCUCACAGACCUCCUGGACGAAUUUGGGACCGAUGACGGAGGAUUCAAAGGGGAACUCCCUGAAGGGCGACACAUGCGUGUGGAAAACAAGAACUUUUACUUUGACAUCGGUCAAAACAAUCGAGGGAUCUACAUGCGCAUUUCAGAAGUGUUGCAGGUUAAAUCUAAUUUCCGGACAGCCAUCACGGUGCCCGAGAAAUCGUGGGCUCGUUUCCGGGACAUCUUCGCCGAUUACUGUGACAAGAUGAAGGACGGCAGCACAUCAGGAGCAACUAGUGGCGACAAGGCAUCAUCAAGUGGUACAGAUAUUGGCCCCGGGCCCAAGUGAGGUUCGCAAAUCCUAGACACAAUGUCCCUUGAAUGGGACGCCACUUCCCUCCAGGACGGCCGACGGCAUCGACGCGAUGACAGGACUUGUUGACAGUGGGGACCCAGUAGAUAUUGUAAAGGAAAUGAAAUUAACAAUAGACUCAAACUGCUGCUGGUUUUUUUUGGUCUAGGUUACCAGGGUAUACCAUGCCCUGUAGUGAUGGUGAUUGUUAGUGCGAAUGGACUGAAGUUUGAAUUGGACGGACCUUUGUUGCUGCCAUUCCAUGUUUGGUAAUGGGUCGGUGGGUCGGCUGGGUGUUCGAAUCUAGCACACACUCUUCAAGACAAAGAUAUAAGGUACAAAGUUGAUAUGUUCACUCUUGAGCCAUAUAAGAUUGCUGUUUGAAACAAAAAUGUAUAGUACUCAGAAUUGCAAAGUAAUGUGAACAAGUGAAUUUAGUCAAGGCAAGAAAUUCUUAUAGGUGUCAAUCAAUUAAUAUUACCUGUUUUCUGUUAUGUUUUUAUCUAAGAGUCACUGCGUGAACUAAAUUAAUUCUCUAUUUCAUUGAUCUUUACUUAUAUAGUACAUAAUUAUAUAAUCUGUUGAUGACAUGUAUUGUUUUGGCUGUUAUUGGACUUCUAAAAAAGUUUUUGUUGAAUUACGUUCAUUUAUUUUGUUUCCUUUAUUUUUUGUUUAUGUUUUUGCUUUGAUUAGUCUUUAAAUACUUAUGUAUUUAUGGAUUUGUUUAAAAGUGUACAGCAAAGAAUAUGCUGAGGCUGUUAAAGUCGCCCGUACUUUUAUGUUUUGAAUGUUCUUCCUUUCAUUUUGUUUGAACUGACAUCAGCCUGUGAUAUGCCUUAGCUUACUCAAUGGGGCCAACCCAUUUCACAUUAUGCAUAAAAGAAAUAGAUGUUUGUCCCUUUUGACACGGGUCUCAAACAUUCAUUCUAAAUCAUUUGACUACCUUGUAGACGUAACAUACACAAAGGCCAUGUUGAAUUGCUAAUUGAGUGGUUGUGCUCGUGCAUGUCUCAUACAGUGGCGUCAGCCACUCGGCGGUAAGACAACACUUGUGUGGUAUGGUACAAAUUAUGUAAAUAUACAAUUCAAAAUUUUGUUAGAAUAUAAAAUAUUGCAGAGUGUCUUGUGAAGGCAUGUGUAACCAUCAGUUGAAGGAAAUGCUGCGGUGCAGUCGGUUGAACAAUUUGUUGAUUGGGAGGUCUCCGUCUGUUAAACAGAUCGGACUCCAAUAAUAAUUAUAUUUGUAUAAAACUCUGGUCUUUUCCAUCUCCAGCGCCUAGCGCCAAGUGUGGACCGUUUCUUAAAUCUGGCCAAGCGAGUGAUCCAUGUAUGGGAAGGAAUACAUUAAAAAUUGGUUUUCUAUGUGUAAUUUACAUACUACCAGAAUAUUUAACAGAUUCUUUUCUUUUUGUCUUGUGUUGAUUAGAUUGAUAUAAGAAAUACAUUAAGUACAGUAGGGAGAUAAAAAGAGAGAAUUAACUUGCAUAUUUUGAUUGCUUUAUUUCUUUGUUGUAUUGUUGUAAACAAAGAGAAAAACAUGCUCUUUGAUGGAGAUUUUCAAAGUUUAAAUGUGUUGACAAGAGAAAGGUUUAAAUGCGGGAAAGGUUUAUAUUUAAAGAGAUGGUUGAGAUGGUGGUGAUAGCACAGAAGGUUAUUUUUGGAAGAUUCUGCUAAGAGAUGCUUGUUGGGGUUGGAAUGUUUUGGUUUUUCCUCAUACCUUUUCUCCAUCAAUAAAGUGAAACUUAAUUUAUUUAAUGUUGCAUAUGAUUAAGUAAAUGCACACAAUGUGCUCCCCUUAUUACUGUUCUUUAAAGAAAAGAAUAAUUAAAAAGCCUUCCAGAUGCAGGAAGUUUUCAUAUCAUGUGAAACAUCAAGUUUCAUCUUGUAAUGACUCAACCGUCUCUAACAGUGUUUUCUGAAAUUUCAAACUUUCUUUCAAUGGAAACAUUGCUGUACCCUGUUCAUCAAAUUUUUCCCUUCAAAAAGGCUUUUGGAAUUAGUAAUUUUGUUAUGGAAACAAAUGUAUCUGCAUCAUAGUUAGUGAAAUUUAUUAUUCAAAACUUUUAAAAAUAAUUUCAAAUUGUACUUCCAACCCCUCCUUAGCCUUUUCUUAUUACUUCUGUUGUGUCGUAAGGGUAGCACAUUCUGGGUUGCUGGUCAACUCAGUGAAAUGAGCAGAUUUGUAGAUAUGAGUUAUGAUAGGAUUUAAGAUUUUCAGGAGAGGCUCCAAGAGGCGGUUGAUAGUUGUGUUGUUGGCAAUGAAAUUUGUUAAUGUGUGUGGUUUUAGCACAGGUGGCAGGCAGUUUUUCAUGGUGGUAGGGAUCUGUAAAGACUAGGCUAGAUGUCACAGGAUGUCACAGAAUUUAAAUAGAAAAAAACUAAAAUAAAAAUUAAUGCCUGGGCUGUUGGGAAUCUAGCCACUGCUCUGUAAUUAGUCAUGACAGGUUUUCUUUUCAUAAUUUUUCCUCAUGAAGUGCACGUUUGGUAUAUUAAGAAUGCAUGUCUCUUUCAUUUCAUAAAGAGAUUUCUUUUCUUUUUUUUUUAAUUUUCUUCUUUCUAUCUUUUUUUUUUCCUUUAAAAUUUCUCUCAAAUUGUGAUCAAUUGUAAUUGUACAGCACAGGUAAAUAGGUGGUAUGUAUGUUGUAUCACAGUAGAUGCAGAAUGGUUUGGGAUAUAAGCUUAUGGGCAGCUUAACAUAGACGUUCUACAUGGCUAUCUAGGAUGUUUGCUAAUGCAUUUCAUUAUUUUAAAAUUUGUUGUUGAUGUGAUAUUGGACAGGCUAGGAGGCUCGUGAAGUGUGAGCUCUUGUGAUGAUUCCGCCCGUAUGAUAAAAUAAGAUUUUUUCUUAGAGUGGUUACGAUCAAGCACUAUACCAGCUUGCUCAAGGAAAGAGAUGAUUUUGAUAUUUGUGUCUAGAGAAAAAAAUCUGGCAGAAAUAUUUAUUUUAAUAUGUAUGGUUGUUUUUAGAGUGGUAAGGUUGGCUGGCUUCACGAACCUCCGGGAGGUGCUGUACAAUACUGUUUAUAGCUGUUUAACUCUGUUGUCAAAUAUUGUUUGUUCUACUCGCUGGUAAAAGAUUUGUUUCUGUUUUGUUGGAUUUGCUUUCUGGAGAGCUGUUUGUGUGGUACCUACUUGUAUGUGCUGUAUCUACACAUUUUCAAAACGGGUUACGCCAUGUAUUAUUAAUUGUUAUUACUAUGAUUUGGAGUCAGAUUCAAUUCUAAUCACAUCAAAAUUCAGUUUGCAUUUACUUUUUAUUAUAGGUGUUAUUCUAAUUACAAUGAAAGUUCCUAGGAACUUUCAAAUCAAAGUUUCAGUGCAAAUACUUAUUUGACGGGUAAAUGUAAAAUAUUUCCUAUAUUGGAGUGGAUUUGACAACAACAAAUGCGUCUCAUGUAGUAGGAAAGUAUUUAAUUAUUUACUAUCCUCAGCAAUCCAAACCAUCUAAAUUUUAUCAUAGUAAUUGACAUUAUUUUUGGCUCACUUUCUCUUCAACAGCAACAGGUUAGCUUUUUAUAAAUAACCAGGAAGAAACACUUGCAAAAAAAGGAAAUUUAUGAACUUAUUGAACUGCCAUCUAGUGCAAAGAAGCAUUUUACUCUAGUUGAUCUGUUGAAGUAAAUGUAAGAGUCGAAGAUCCUGUUGGAGACAACUAGGUAUCUGGUUGAACCUCUUCUCUUGAAUACUUUUCAUUUACAUGUAACUUUGUCUUUAUAUUUUCUUAACAUCCAGCACAUAACAAGUCAAAACCACACCAACAUGUCUUUUGGAGUCAGUGUGUUGCAUUGCAAAGUGUCAGGAAUCUUAUAUGUUAAAGCAAGUACACUGCCAUUAUCCCAUUUCUGGCAGAAAGGCUCCAGUUUAAAGGUAAUUAGUGUCGUAUAUAUGCGACAAAUCACUUGAACCAUGGGUAUAUAUUGAAUUUUGUUGUUGAUUGUACUAAAUAGAUUAUUUACUUCAGAUGUAGCGCAUUACAAAAGUAACACCCACAUCUUCUUCUUGAAGAACUUGUCUAGUUCUUUUAUGUUAGGGUAUUUGAAUGUCAUUCCAUACGAAGUCUCACUUACUUUCAGUUUCAUCAUAUAGGGAACAUCUGGGUGUGCUGGGCCUUAAGGAAUUGGGGCACUACUUGUUCUAAAACUUGUUUGCAAUCUGACAUAUUUUUUGGAACACUUUAUGAUGUGAUAUUUAAACUAAAAAUUGUGUUGCAAAGUUCAGUUUCAGCUUUCACUGUGUUGAAUACUCCUCACUCAUUGGUUUUGAAGUGAAAGCAAGCAAGUGUCAAGCUUGGCAAGGUUUUGUAUUCCAGCUCACCCAGCUUCAUGAAGACUUGCUACCAAGCCACCUUCAAUAUACAUACAUGUAUGGUUAAGAGUUACUGCAACAUUUUCAUCCCACCCCUCCUUGUUUGUAUUGUUGUUACUAAUAUUAUUCACAAAGGAGGAAUUUUCAUUUGUGCCGUUAGCACGAGCAACAUUUGUCCUCAGCCCUUUAUGAUAAUACAAAUACAGUAAAGGAGAACACCUACACUUGUCUUUUUAUUCAAAGGGUGCUUCAGGACAUACUUUUAGUUCUGGCUUAUUCAUUUGCUUCUCAUGUUCAUUUUUUAAAAAAUGCCUGUUUGCAGAUUUGCUUCUGCCGUUCAUGUUACAGUUUCUGUUUUUAUUUCUUUUUGUUGAUUAGUCUUAACAUGUUAGAAAAUUUCUUAUUUUUUUUUUUUUUUUUUUUUUUUUUUUUUUUUUUAGUCUUUCAUGCCAUGUUCUUUGAGGUAUCUAACUAUUUUCUGUAAUUGAUUUAACAUUCACUGGUGUAAAGGACGAAUGCAUUGGUAUGUUAUUUAAGUGUGUUUUUGUAAUGGUGCAGGAGGUCUUUGAUGUAUUGAUGUGGCUUUGUAGAAAUAAUCGUUUUGUCCAUUCUGGUCAAUUCAGGACAUUCAAAUCUUGUCAAACUUUAUCCUUUGCCACUUCUCCAAAUUUGGUGUUCCCUCAUUUUACAUAACCUUGAACUGUCGAGCACAGAAUCUGAUCAAAAUCUUAGUGAACAUUUUUUUUGUAUUUACAUGAAAAAUUGGAAAGUGACUAUCCUCUGGAUAAAGUUGGAGCCAAGUAUUUUGGCGUUCUAGAGAGCUCAAUAGAAUCUUAUGGCGAUAAAAGCAAA